GCAACUUUAAUUUCUUGAGUAAUCUUGAAAAAAAAACUUAAGAAGUUGUCAAUCAUGUCUUUUUUAAGAUUUGUUGGUACAAUUCUUUUCUUGCUUGCAAUUUUUGGAGCAUCAAAUGCUCAAUUAAGUGCAACAUUUUAUGAUACCACUUGCCCUAAUGUUACAAGUAUUGUACGUGGUGUUAUGGAUCAAAGGCAACGUACUGAUGCUCGAGCUGGUGCUAAAAUUAUUCGUCUUCAUUUCCAUGAUUGUUUUGUUAAGGGUUGUGAUGGAUCAAUUUUGUUAGACACAGAUGGGACUCAAACUGAGAAAGAUGCAAUUCCUAAUGUAGGUGCAGGAGGAUUUGAUAUUGUUGAUGAUAUUAAAACUGCAUUAGAGAAUGUAUGUCCUGGUGUUGUAUCUUGUGCAGAUAUUUUAGCCCUUGCAUCUGAAAUUGGAGUUGUCUUGGCCGGAGGUCCGUCAUGGCAAGUACUUUUUGGCAGAAGAGAUAGCUUAACAGCAAACCUAUCUGGAGCUAAUAGUGAUAUUCCUAGCCCCUUUGAAACCCUUGCUGUAAUGACACCACAAUUCACCAACAAGGGAAUGGAUUUAACUGAUCUUGUUGCUCUAUCUGGUGCACAUACAUUUGGAAGAGCAAGAUGUGCUACUUUUGAACGACGUCUGUUUAAUUUCAGUGGCAGUGGUAAUCCUGAUCCUACCGUAGACGCUACGUUUUUACAAACUUUACAAGGAAUUUGUCCUCAAGGUGGAAAUAAUGGCAAUACUUUUACAAAUCUUGAUAUAUCAACACCUAAUGAUUUUGAUAAUGACUAUUUCACUAAUCUUCAAAAUAAUCAAGGACUUCUUCAAACUGAUCAAGAGUUGUUUUCAACAUCUGGAUCUGCUACAAUUGCUAUAAUAAAUCGUUAUGCUGGUAGUCAAACUCAGUUUUUUGAUGAUUUUAUUAGCUCAAUGAUUAAAUUGGGUAAUAUAAGUCCAUUAACUGGUACUAAUGGAGAGAUUAGGACAGAUUGCAAGAGGGUUAAUUAAUUAAUUAAUCAAGCAGAUUAGUUAUCAAGAGUGCUUUAAUUACUGCAUGUUCUUGUGUUGUUUAAUCAUGUCCUAAAGAAAGAUUGUCAGAAGUUUGAUGUCUUGAGUUGUAAUUUUUUUUCAUCUUUUUGUCGCUUAUUUUGUUUUACGUAAAUGUAAUAUGUGCUGAAAUGGCAAUUCCAAUAAGGAUAUUAUGCUUAAAUAGCAAUUCCAAUAA